GAACGGAGAUAGUCGAAUCAAUAGCUUCUGCAUUUGCUUUAGUCUUCAUUUUCAUUUUUGGGAAAAGCUCUUAGAAAAACGUUGAAUUCAGAUACUACUCGUUUAUCUGACAUAUUGAAUGCAGUUUUUGAUGACAGUGGGCCCAGGUCGCAAACGUCUGAAGAAACGUUAUUCACGGGAUGCAGAGGCAUUUUCAACAGGGUGAAGGCUGUUCACGUCUGAGAGGGAUCUGUGAAUGAUCUGAACUGUUUUCAACAGGGUGAAGGCUGUUCACGUCUGAGAGGGAUCUGUGAAUGAUCUGAACUGUUUUCAACAGGGUGAAGGCUGUUCACGUCUGAGAGGGAUCUGUGAAUGAUCUGAACUGUUUUCAACAGGGUGAAGGCUGUUCAUGUCUGAGAGGGAUCUGUGAAUGAUCUGAACUGUUUUCAACAGGGUGAAGGCUGUUCACGUCUGAGAGGGAUCUGUGAAUGAUCUGAACUGUUUUCAACAGGGUGAAGGCUGUUCACGUCUGAGAGGGAUCUGUGAAUGAUCUGAACUGUUUUCAACAGGGUGAAGGCUGUUCACGUCUGAGAGGGAUCUGUGAAUGAUCUGAACUGUUUUCAACAGGGUGCAGGCUGUUCACGUCUGAGAGGGAUCUGUGAAUGAUCUGAACUGUUUUCAACAGUGUGCUGAGGAUUAUUUUGAUUCCCGUUCAGUUUCCUGGAGCUUAUUUCUUCUCACUGAUUUGGCUAGAUGUUGAGUGGGGUUGUGGAAAUUGCGUAAGCAGGAAAGGUGUGGAAUUUGUUUCUGAAUUCCGGGGCACAGAUGUAACCAAUCACAAGUGAGCCUAAUGGCGUGCCAAUUGAAACCACAGUGUUUGUUUUGUUGCUUAUGUAUUUUAUCAUUGUGUCAACCUCUCACCACUGUGCUGAUAGGUUGACUUGCCCAGCUCAUGAGAACCAAUCUCUGUGCCUGUUUGUCUAGUCUGGUCGUAGUGACUGACAGGGAUCUGGUUUCAGGACUGCAUUACUGACCUUAAGGGAGAGUUGUGGGGGACAGAGAGUAUGCCACAGGGUUCUAGGGGGGUUUUAGUGAUAGUAACACCUCUAAAUGUGUUAACCCUCCUAUGCUAUUGCUCUCUAAUACCUGAAUGGUCAAGGACAACGACAGGGGACAUACUCCCAGAGCUACAUUGCUCCAACUGCAUUAGACUGAGCCGCAAGUCUUGGCAUGCGACUCCAUGCCGCACCACUCAAGAUUAAUGGACUUGUUUUUCCUCAUGGAGUGUGGAGGUAACUGAAGGUUGUGUGCACAUCUGUCCUCUGUAACUCAAUCACCUUGUCAGCCAAUGAAACGGGACUGCACCGCUUUCCAGUUAGGAAACUAUCUCUCUUUCUCUCUCUUUCACUCUGUUUUUCUCUUUACCAAGGAUAUUUCUUUGCUUUCGCUGCUGGUGUGUCUGAGCUGCGCUCACCAAGGUGCUCUGAGGCGUCUGGAUCUGGACAGCGUUACACCCCCUGACCGCACACGCCUAACUGCCAGAGCUGCUAUUAUAAUAAAAGACUUGUGGCCAGGGUUACUAGAGUGCCAACGGCUGAAGGAGAAACGACUGGAUUCAUGUGGCAGCAGUCAGCCGGGUCCAGCUUUCACACUGAAAGGGAGUAGCACCCAUACCAGGUUCAAUCACAGCAGUCUCCAAGCCACAGCCACUGGACACACAACAGCUCUGUCUGUUUUUCUGCAGCAGACCUGGACCACUGGAUCACCAGCAUUGAAAUCCACCGUUCUGAGCACCCCACGGGGGCACCACGGGUUUAGGUGUCCGUCUGUGUGUCUGAGGGUAGUGUAUGGAGUAUGGAGGCUCACAGGGGACUGCCGUCGGACUGGGAGGCAGUGCUGGAGCUGGAUGAAGCCCUGGCUGGGUGGCUCCCACAGGAUCCGGCCCAGGAAGAGUUUGGGUGGGAGUGGGGCUGGGCCGCCUCGGACCCCCCAAACCAGGACUUGGAGUCAGAGGAGGUCCCUGCAGUGUUGAGCCCCACAUAUAAACAGCGUAAUGAGGACUUCAGGAAGCUCUUCAAGCAGCUACCGGACACAGAGCGACUCAUCGUGGAUUACUCCUGUGCCCUGCAACGAGACAUCCUCCUGCAGGGCCGACUCUACCUCUCAGAAAACUGGAUCUGUUUUUAUAGCAACAUCUUCCGCUGGGAAACGCUGCUGACUGUGAGGCUGAAGGACAUCUGCACCAUGACAAAGGAGAAGACAGCCCGCCUCAUCCCCAACGCCAUCCAGGUGUCCACAGACGGUGAGAAGCACUUUCUCACCUCAUUUGGAGCACGGGACAGGACCUACAUGAUGAUGUUCAGGUUGUGGCAGAAUGCACUGCUGGACAAACCCUUGUGCCCCAAAGAGCUAUGGCACUUUGUCCAUCAGUGUUAUGGCAACGAGCUUGGCCUGACCAGUGACGACGAGGACUAUGUUCCCCCUGACGACGACUUCAACACCAUGGGGUUCUGUGAGGAGAUCCCUAACGAGGAGAAUGAGAUCAGUAAUGACAACUUGUCUAAGAGCAGUGCCGAGGCCAAGCACGAGGGCAGCCCACCAUCCAUACACAAGAAAUGCAUCAUCACCAACAGCACCAUCAGCUCAACCAUCAGCAGCGAGCCCCUCUCUGUGAGUCUCAGCGACAUAAUAGAGUUUGACCUCCCUCCAGACGAAUACAUCGACUGCCUCCCUGACGGGGAGCUGCUGGCCUUGCCCCUGGUGCUGGAGCAGAGGCUAGCGGAGGCCAGCGGCCUGGUGCCCUCAACCUCCCUAGACUUCAACGACAAUGAAGACAUCCCCACCGAACUCAGCGACUCCUCAGAGACCCACGACGAGGCAGGGGAAGUGCAGGCCUUCCACGAUGACCUUAAAGGGAGACAGUACAUCGAUGAGGUUUACAAGUUCAGUGUGGACAAGAUGUACGACAUCCUCUUCACAGAAUCCCAGUUUAUGACCGACUUCAUGGAACAGCGCAGGUUCUCUGAUAUAGUGUUUCACUCCUGGAAGAAGGACGACGCAGCGGGGAACCAGACGAGAGAGAUCAUGUACACCAUCUCCCUGUCCAACCCGCUGGCCCCCAAGACAGCCACUGUCACAGAGACCCAGACACUGUACAAGGCCAGCCAUGAGAGUGAGUGCUACAUCAUCGAUGCUGAGGUCAUCACACACGACGUGCCCUACCACGACUACUUCUACACGCUCAACCGUUACAUGCUGACACGGGUGGCCAAGAACAAGUGCCGGUUAAGGGUGUCCACUGAGCUACGUUACAGAAAACAGCCAUGGGGAUUAGUGAAGGGCUUCAUCGAGAAGAACUUCUGGAGCGGGCUGGAUGAGAACUUCCGCCAUCUUGAGUUGGAGCUGUCGAAGGUGGAGGAUGUGGUGUUGGAGUCGGCCCGGCCCUCUCCCAAGGUCAAGGUGGUGAAGACGUCUGUGAGGCGGAGGAAAAGACCACUGGUCCAACUACGGAGCCAGCACCUGGACGACGCCCUCCUCAGCCCUGUCACCACGCCAACCAACGACGAGGUCAUCCACCGCAUCAAACAUGUGGGCGUGACAGGUUCCACUCAGACCAGGCACAUGCCUGAGCAACUCCCUGGAGGCUUUGCCCUCUACAGUGUCUCCAAACUGCUGCUCAUCAUCAGCUUUGUCCUGGUUUUGCUGGUGUUGCUCAACAUGAUGCUGUUCUAUAAGCUGUGGAUGCUGGAGUAUUCUGCACAUCCUCUUACCACCUGGCAAGGGCUGCGGAUACAUGAGAAUAAACUGCCCCAGACGCAGAUGGAGUGGGCCCAGCUCCUGAAGUCCCAACAGCGUUACCAUGAUGCUGAGCUGCAGAAGUGGAGAGAGAUCAUCAAAUCCUCAGUGGUACUAUUAGACCAGAUGAAAGACUCUCUAUCGAACCUUCAAAGGGGCAUUGACUUAAGGGACUACAGCUCAGAAGCUGAGGAGAAAAGAAGCCGUUACCACUGACAUACGACCUUAGGCCAUGAGGGCAUGGUGUGCAAUAUAGGAGCUGUUUGUGUGUAAGUAUGCAAACGAACAAAGAGAGACAAGAGACCGACCGACCGCGAGGCGAGCUGGGCCCAGUGUGACAGGAAUGACUGCCGGCUGACGCCCUCCCCUCAGCUCACAGAGGUCACGACCCCGCAAGUCAGACUAUGGACAGGAAGUUCCCCUACCACAGAAAGGAAAUUAACAGUGGCGUUCCCACAGCACUGAAGCAUUGUGGGAAGGUGACAGCCCAGCGUACCUUGACCCCACUUCUGUCUCUUAUUUUUCUUUGUCUUUUAAUGUUGGAAGGACAUCGUCCUAUCAGCCGUUGCCAUGUGGGGAAUAAAGGACAACAAAACCUCA